GUGAGGAUGAGGGUGUCUCAAGUCGCGGGCGCGGGAGGGGGUGGCGGAGAGGAGGACAGGGAGAUUCCCCAGUGCUGGCUCUGAAAUCUGGGGCAGGUUUCACUUUGCCUUCCUGCCAGCCCCAACUGUGCCUGGAAGGGUUUGUCCCUGGCAUCAAAGGUAGGAACAGCUGAGCCCUUAGACGUACCCCUGACAGUGAGAGCCAGGAGUGGGCGUUUCACUUUUCCUGCGUUUGGGGAGCCCCUGAGGCUAGGCUCUGACCUUUGACGUUUGUGCAGCUGCUGCUUCUCUAGGUAGGAGUGCCAUGGUGUAAUCAUGGCUCACUGAAGCCUUGACCUCCUGGGCUCAAGCAAUCCUCCCAUUUCAGCUUUUGGAGAAGCUGGAACUAUAGAUACAGAAAACAUGAAUCAAAGAGACAGACCAUUCAUGACCAUUCAGAGAAAUUAUAGCUCAGAUAAUCUGGUAUUCCAUAUGAAAAAUGAGAUGAAAAGCGCCAAAUACAAACCAGUAGACUAUCAACAAUUGCGUGCAUUAACUGAAGCAAAAAAAUUAGCUUCUGCCUCUGCAGAGCUAAAGAUCAGAAAAGCAAUGUUGACUUCAAAGAUAUCUAAAGAACAAACACUAGUAAAACAACACAAGCAAGUGUGGUGGCAGGAAUACCAGAGGCUGAAUGAAGUCAGAUGUAAAAUGGAAUCUGAAAUAAAAUCCCUUCUCAAUGAAGAGAACAUUGGAAACGAAUGUCUUUGUGACCUUACACAUUUUGAGCAAGAGCUAUCAGAACAAUGGCACACAUAUCUUAAAAAUGUGAUAAAUCCUAUUCAGCAGCUGAGAGCAGAUCUAAAAUACAGACAGCAUCACACUUUGCAGCAUUCACACUCAUAUAUUGAGUUUAACUCCAUGAAAGUAUUGGAAGAGGUUGACUUUGUGAAGAAACAAUUGAAAGCUGCCUUUGAAAGACUUAGCCUGGAGCAACAGAGAAUAGAAAAUGAUCUUUCAGACUGGACUAUAAAGAUACUACAUCAUUCUUUGGAAGAAAAGUCUAACCGGCUUACUGAACUGCCCAUUGAAUUAGAAAGCUUGGAAUGCCCAUACCCUGAUUUGAAAUCAGCAAUCCUUAGUGAGUUCUGUAAGUUUACACAGAAAUAUCAAAAGAAGCUCCAACACUUUGAUUUGCAAUUGGAAGACAUAUACAGAAACUGUCAACUAAGUGAAGAAGAACACUGGAUUUACCGGGCUAUUUUGGAUCAGUACUCUGGAGAUCUCUUUGGAAGAAGGGCUCUCUAUCUGGACAUGUUACAAAGAUAUUUUCCUCACAAAUCUAGGCAUGAUUUGGUUGAACAUGAGAAAUAUUGUGACCAAUAUCACUUUGCUAUGGAGCAACGAAAGAUCCUGAUAGCAAAUUGGAAUAAAAAUAGGAAAGACUUUAUACAGAAGGCUGUGAUGACACUGAUCGAGGCUUGUACAACUCAUGAAAUGGAGAGCACAUUGGCUAAGGACAAGAAAAAGCAACAGGAAUUGUGUGCUGAUCUGAAAGCCAAGGUUCUUCAAUGGCGGGCCCACCAGGAAGAGGUAGCAAGACUGGAAAUGGAAAUUUCUGCCAGAAGAAGAGAAAAGGAAGAGGAGAAAGAGAAACUGCGGAAGAAGAAGGAAAUGUUGCAAAGAGCAGAGAAGAAAAAACAAAUUAAAAAAUACUGGGCUAAGAAACAACAGAAGUGGCAAGAAAUGGAAAUGAGAGAUCUUCAGCGCCUAGAAGAACUGAAGAAAUUAAUGGCCGAACAGUCACUAAAAGACAGAGACAGGGUUAAAUAUAGACAAGAAUUAUUGGAAAAGCGUUUGAUGGAGAAAAAGGAGGCGGCCCUUCAAGAAGCUCAUGAAGACAAAGAGAGAGCACGGCGGCUAGAAGCCCUUAGGAAACAGGUUGCUGUUGUUGCUCAAUUUGAUCCUGUUAGAAUGAUGUCAGAUACAAUGGCAUCGAAAGCUAAGAUGGGCAUUGAAAUGGAAGAAGAAUUUAUUCUUCAAAAGCCACUCUUCACAUUGAAUACAUACAAUGAACAGCAGAUAAUUUCUGACCCUAGACUUCGCUUUGAGUUAGCGCUUCGAGAAGCUGGACUUCAUAGAACACUUUAUGCCAAAGAAAUAUUACCAAAAAUCAGUCCUCGAAAACCUCCAAGAAAAGACAUGGAGUCUACUGUGUUUAAAAUAUAGAGCUCAUCCUCAAAUUCUAUAGGUUGUCUGAAGACUGUUUUCAAGAAGAUUCUUCAGGAAUUGGUCAUGGAAACAAUAUUUUCUGGGUCCUUGAAUGUUAAUAACAGGUUGACGGUGGUCUUUAUAGUUAAAAAUAAAUUUUUCUGGUAUAAGAUAUUUUAUUUACAUUUUCUUUUCUUAGCAUAAAAUGUCAAAGGGCUGGCUUUAAUAUGGUUUUCUUUUCCUAAGAAUUACUUGAUCUUUUUGCCUGAUUAGAGUUUUUUCACUUUCUUUAUAAUACAGUAGUUUUACUGAACUUUAUCUUUGUGUUUGUCAUUCUGGGUUAACAUACUUACUCAGUAAAUUAUAUUCCCUUUCACAAUAUAAAUUCAAUUUUAUUUCAGGAAUUUUUAAAAUGAUAAUUUUUAGUGUUUGUUAUGUUUCCUUUUUUCCCAUGGGACUCUUAUUAUGCUGUUACAGUAUGUUGGAUCUUCUUUGCCUAUAGUCUUUAUAUGUCACUUUCUUUUGAAUUCUUUUAAUCUUUUUCUUUAUUUUUUACAAACUUUUUACUUAAAAAUAACAUUAUAAAAUAGCUGCAAGAAUAAAGCUGCUGUAACUUUAACCCAGAUUCUUCCAUUAUUAAGAUUUUGUUCAACUUUUAAAUUGCUUUUGUGUUCUCCUUUAAUUUGAUUCAUUUUUACAGCCUUUUUGGUCUUUUAUGACAUAGACUUUUUUUGAUAAAUAUACAUAAUAUAAAAUUUACUAUUGUAACCAUUUUAAGCAUACAAUUAAGUGGCAUUAAGUACUUUCACAUUGUUUUGCGACCAUCACCCCUAUUUAUCUUCAGAACUUUUUCAUCAUCUCAAUCUGAAACGCUGAACCUAUUAACCAAAAACUGCCCACCUCUUCCCCUCAGCCUCUGAUAAGCACUAUUCUAAUGUUUUUCUCUAUGAAUUUGUCUAUUCUAGGUAAUUCAUAUAAACAGAAUCAUGUAACACUUGUCCUUUUAUGUGUGACUUAUUUCACUUGCUAUAAUGUUUUCAAGUUCACCAUGUUGUAGAAUGUAUUAGAAUUUCAUUCCUUUUAAAGGCUGAAAACAUCCCAUUGUAUGUAUAUACCAAAUUUUGUUUAUUCCCCUGUCAAAGGACAUUUGGAUUGUUUUCAUCUUUUCGCUAUAGUACCACUGCUAUAAACAUUGAUGUGCAAAUAUCUGUUCAAACCCAUACUUUUAAUUCUUUUGAGAAUAUACUCAGGAGUGAAAUUAGUAAAUGAUAUGGCAAUUCUAUGUUUAAGUUUUUGAGAAACUGCCAUGCUAUUUUCCACAGUGGCUUUGCUGUUUUACAUUCCCAUUAACAAUGCACAAGAAUUCCAGUUCCUCUACAUCCUUGUGGUCACUUGUUAUUUUCUGCUUUUUUGUUUUCAUUUUUUAAAAUCAUAGCUAUUUCAGUAAGUGUGGAUUGGUAUCUCAUUGUGAUUUUGAUUUACAUUUUCCUAAUAAUUAGUGCUGGUGAGAAUUUUUUAGGUGCUUUUUGGUCAUUUGUAUAUCUUCUUUGGAGGAAUGUCCAUUCAAGUCCUUUGCCCAUGUUUUGAUUGGAUUGGUUUGUAAUUGUUGUGUUAUAGGAGAGCUCCAUAUAUUCUGGAUAUUAAUGCCUUAUCAGAUAUAUGUAAUUUCCAAAUAUUUCUCCUAUUCUGUAGGUUGCCUUUUAUCCUGUUGAUAGUAUCCUCUGAUGUACACAAGUUUUUAAUAUCAAUGUCCAAUUUAUUAAUUUUUUUCUUUUGUUGCUAUGCUUUUACUGUCAUAUCCAAAAAUUGAUUACAAAACCCAAUGUCAUGAAGCUUUUUCUCCAUGUUUUCUUAUAAAAAUUUUAUAGUUUUAGUGGCUAUGUUUAGAGCUUUUAUCUCUUUAUUUUUUGUAUACAGUAAGAAUUCAAUUUCAUCCUUUUGCAUGUGGAUAUCCGGUUUUCUCAGGACUGUUCGUUUAAAAGACUUUUUUUUAACUGAAUGAUCUUGUCACCUUUGUUGAAAAUCAGUUGAACAUAUAUGCGAGAGCUUAUUUCUUAGCUCUCUAUUCUAUUCCAUUGGUCUGUCUGUCUUUAUGCUAGUACCACACUAGCCUAAAGACAUUAGUCUGAUCACUGUAACUUUGUAGUACGUUUUGAUUUGUAUGGUCCUAGUAGUUGUAAAAAUCAUGGAAAGGGAGACGCUUUCUACAUUUUAUGUAUAUUUGGUUAUUUUUUACAGAACGUCUACUUCCCUAGGUUUUAUUUUGCCCUCAUUAAAACAGUUUCACCAUCUCUUAAAAUCUAGCAUAGCUAUAUUUUACCUCUGUGUUUUGUGUUCAGGACUCAGAGGUAAAAUAUGAAGCCAUUUUACAGGUAAAAGACAUGGAGGGGAUAAAUAGAAUCUUGUUAAGACCAGUACUUUGCCUGGAGAAGUCAUGCAAAAACUCUAAGAUAUAAAAUUUUUAAAGACUACAAACAAAUCCCAAAAAUGAUGAAGUUUGAUCUAGGAAGAAAAAACGAUCUGGGAAUUCUACUGUUUCUCAGAUUUAAUCAAUUUCUUUGGAAAAGUGAUUGCAUGGCUGCUAUACACUUGAUGAACACUUGAUAUAUUACUGCUGAAUCCUAGAGAGAUCCUGAGAGGAAUGUCUCAGGAACUUAGACACUGAGCCUUUAGGAGCAGUAGAUUAUCUGACACUCAAUACAGGAAUGAAUUAUAAUAAUAGAAUCCACAAGCUGCCUAACGACUUAUGGAAUCCACUGUACCCCUCAGUACUUAGGGAGAAAUAUGACACCAAAUCUGUUAUUACCGUAUUUUUAUAAUCUGCUGAAAGAUAAUUUCCACCCUCAACUGUAACUCUUGUAUUAACAAAUGCCUGUGUUCUUUUUCUUUCCACCUUUAAUAGUAUUGGGGUCAAGGUUUUUUUCCCUGCUUAACUUGAUUCAGAUUUAUAUUUAAAUACAUGUUUUUAAUGUCACUGGUGGCCUCACUAAUUUCAUCAAAUAUUUUUUCUCAAAGAAUUUAUUUUGCUUGUGCGUAAGCAAAUUUGGGGAAUAAGUAGUUGCCUCAUUUGCCUUCUAUCUUGCACAUUUUCCAAGACAUGUCAAUAUUACUUAGCACCACAUAUGCUUAAAACUCUUAAUAUUUAUAAACAACUUCAAAACCAAUUUGCUUACAUUUCUUUAGACAUUUUAUAAAUAUGGCAUUCAUCUGCAGUGUUUGUCUUCACAGUAUAUUAAAAACAAAAUGAUGCAACAAAUGCCCUGUUACUAUUGAAAUAUACACUAAUUUACUUUAGGAAGAUUAUUAAAAGUAAUAUUUUUAAACCUACUAAAAUAAAAUCAAAGUUUACUUGGUAGUGAAAAUAAAUGCCUUGCUAAAGGAAAUCCAGCACGGCACAACAUGAACUUCUAUCUACAUGGAUUGAGACCCUGGCAUCUAGAAGAAAAGGUCCAGAUAAUGUGAAGAGAGUAUUUUGUUAUCCACUGAUAUCAUUAUAUAUAUAAUGUAGUUACUUAAAACUGACUUGAGAGAUCAGUGGAAGCCUUAGAGUUUAAUGUUUAUAGACAAUUUCCUUUUUUUCCCUCUUUCUGAAUCCAAAUCUGUAGUUUAAUUCAACAAACCUCCAACAUGGAGAAAUGGAAAAACCUCCUCAUCACUACACAGAUGUAGAUAAAGGAAAUUGCAUAAGCUGUGGUGCAGGCACAGAGAAAAAAGUUGUAGAACAUGAUGUAUUGAAAAUAUUGGGACUGAGAACCCAGACACUAUGCAUGGAUGACUGUUCUACCCGCAUGGAGUUCUGUCAAUCACCUGUCAUGCCUAUGCCUGUGGCUUGUUGAGUUGCUUUACAAAGAGCAGAGAUUAUUUUGGGGGUGAUAAUGGAUUUUUCCAAUAGGGAAGAUAACAAAUUUCUGGGAACCAUUGGGUGCAGAUCUAGCAGAUGUUUCACUCCUGCAGGCUGCUGACCAGUUGUUAUUUUGGUCAGCAUUCAAAUCCCAGAAUGACUUCAUCAUUUUUGGGAUUUGUUUGUAGUCUUUAAAAAUUUUAUAUCUUAGAGUUUUUGCAUGACUUCUCCAGGCAAAGUACUGGUCUUAACAAGAUUCUAUUUAUCCCCUCCAUGUCUUUUACCUGUAAAAUGGCUUCAUAUUUUACCUCUGAGUCCUGAACACAAAACACAGAGGUAAAAUAUAGCUAUGCUAGAUUUUAAGAGAUGGUGAAACUGUUUUAAUGAGGGCAAAAUAAAACCUAGGGAAGACCUUUUGGUCUGUUCGAUGAUAAAACAGAUCCCCUUGGUCCGUUUCCAUGUUUUUUUCUGAAAGAACAACAUUCAGAUGUUUUCUGGUCUAUGCAGUUUUUGUCCCUUUGGAGGUCUGAUAAAGCUGGAGUGCAAUCCCUACUGGUAUACAUGAGUUUUACUUCCACCAUCCUCCAACCCCACCCCAUUCUUCACAGAAACAGGCCUCGGGUUUAAUGAAUGACAGCCCAAGGUAUUUGAACUUUAUCAUGUAAACAGCACAAAAUGUUCAAAUCUUGUGAAGCAUGAAAACAAAGACAAUGCUUCCAGAAGGUUAAUAGGAGAGCAGGGUACAGUCAGAUGGAAGCAGGUAGAACACUGGGAUUAGGGGAACCAUUUCUGAUUAAUCAUAAUAAAUCAGGUGUGAGGUGAUGUGAAAGUGGAGGUCAGUGGGAUCCAAUGCUUAUCACUUCAAGAGGAGUUAUCUUCUAGAAUUUUUGUAGUUUCUGGUCUUAUAUUUAAGUCCUUAAUCCAUCUUGAGUUGAUUUUUGUAUAAGGUGAGAGUGAGGAUCCAGUUUCAUUCUCCUACAUGUGGAUAGCCAAUUAUCCCUGCAUCAUUUGUUUCUAUUCUGUUCCAUUGACCUAUGUGCCUAUUUUUACACCAGUACCAUGCUGUUUUGGUGACUAUGGCCUUAUAGUAUAGUUUGAAAUCAGGUAAUGAGAUGCCUCCAAAUUUGUUCUUUUUGCUUAGUCUUGCUUUGGCUAUGUGGGCUCUUUUUUGGUUCCAUAUCAAUUUUAGAAUUGUUUUUCUAAUUCUGUGAAGAAUGAUGGUGGGUAUUUUGAUGGGGAUUGCACUGAAUUUGUAGAUUGCUUUUGGCAGUAUGGUUAUUUUCACAAUAUUGAUUCUACCCAUCCAUGAGCCUGGGAUGUGUUUGUAUUUGUUUGUGUUGUCUGAUUUCUUUCAGCAGUGAUUUAUAGUUUUCCUUGUAGAGGUCUUUCACCUCCUUGGCUGGUACAUUCCUAAGUAAUAUUUUGUUGUUACAACAAAAAAGGGGUUGAGUUCUUGAUUUGAUUCUCAACUUGGUCACUGCUGGUGUAUAGAAGAGCUACUGAUUUGUGUACAUUAAUUUUGCAUCUGUAAUCUUUGCUGAAACUUUUAUCAGUUCUAGGAGCUUAUGGAGAGUCUUAGGGUUUUCUAUGUAAAUGAUCAUAUCAUCAGCAAACAGCAACAGUUUUACUUCCUCUUUAUUGAUUGGAUGCCCUUUAUUUUUCUCUUAUCUGAUUGCUUUGUCUAGGACUUUGAGUACUACAUUGAAGAGGAGUGGUGAGAGUGGGCAUCCUUGUCUUGUUUCUGUUCUCAGGGGGAAUGCUUUCAACUUUUCCCCAUUCAGUAUUCUGUUGGCUGUGGGUUUGUCAUAGAUGACUUUUAUUAUAUUGAGUUAUGUCUUUUGUAUGUCGAUUUUGCUGAGAGUUUUAAAAAUUAUAUGAUCUCAAUAGAUGCAGAAAAAACAUUUGACAAAAUUCAGCAUCUAUUGAGAUCAUAUAAUUUUUGUUGUUAAUUCUGUUUAUGUAGUGUAUCAUAUUUAUUGAUUUGCAUAUAUUAAACCAUCCCUCUUAUGAAACCCACUGGAUCAAAAUGGAUUAUCUUUUUAAUAUGUUGUUGGAUUUGGUUAGCUAGUAUUUUGUUAAGAAUUUAAGCAUCAAGGUUUAUCAGAGUUUUCUUUUUUGGUUAUGUUUUUUCCUGGUUUUGGCAUUAAGAUGAUACUUGCUUCUUAGAAUGAUUUAGGGAAGGUUCCCUUUUUCUCCAUCUUGUGGAAUAGUGUCAAUAGAAUUCAUACCAAUUCUUCUUUGAAUGUCUGGUAGAAUUCUGCUGUGAAUCCGUCUGGUCCUGGCCUCUUUUUUGUUGGUAAUUUUCUGAAUUACCAUUUCAAUCUCACUGCUUGUUAUUGGCCUGUUCAGGGUAUCUAAUUCUUCCUGACUUAAACUAGGAAAAUUGUAUCUUUCUAGUAACUUAUCCAUCUCUUCUAGGUUUUCUAGUUUAUGCACAUAUCUCCAUAGCAGCCUUGAAUAAUCUUUUGUAUUUCUGUGGUGUCAGCUGUAAUAUUUCCCAUUUCAUUUCUUAUUGAGUUUACUUGGAUUUUUUUCUCUUCUUUUCUUGGCUAAUCUUGCUAAUGGUCUAUCAAUUUUGGUUAUCUUUUUAAAGAACCAGCUUUUUGUUUCAUUUAUCUUUUGUAUUUUUUUGUUUCAAUUUCAUUUAAUUCUGCUCUUUUCUUGGUUAUUUCCUUUCUUCUGCUGGGUUUAGGUUUGGUUUGUUCUUGUUUCUCUAGUUCCUUGAGGUGUGACCUUGAUUGUCUGUUUAUGCUCUUCCUUCCUUUUCCAUGUAGGUGUUUAGGGAUAUGAACUUUCCUAUUAGCACCACCUUUGCUGUGUCCCAGAGUUUUUGAUAGGUUGUGUUACUAUUGUGUAAUUUGAAUAAUUUUUUAAUUUCCAUCUUGAUUUUGUUGUAGACCCAAUGAUCAUUCAAGAGCAGGUUAUUUAAUUUCUAGGUAUUUGCAUGGUUUUGAAGUUUCCUUUUGGAGUUGGUUUCUAGUGUUACUCCACUUUUUUUUUAAUUUAUUGAGGCUUGUUUUGUGGCCUAUCAUAUGGUCUAUCUUAGAGAAAGUUUCAUGCACUGUUGAAUAGAAUGUAUAUUCUGUGGUUGUUGGAUGGAAUAUUCUGUAUAUAUCUGUUAAGUCCAUUUGCUCCAGGGUUUAGUUUAAAUCUGUUGUUUCUUUGUUGACUUUCUUUCUUGAUGACCUGUCUAGUGCUGUCCAUAGAGUAUUGAAGUCCCCUAGUAUUAUUGUGUUGCUGUCUAUCUCAUUUCUUAGGUCUAUUAUCAUUUGUUUUAUAAACUUGGGAGCUCCAGUGUUAGGUGCAUACAUGUUUAGAAUUAUGCUAUUUUCCUGUUGGACAAGGCCUUUUAUCAUUAUAUCAUGUCCCUCUUUGUCUCCUUUAACUGCUGUUGCUUUAAAGUUUGUUUUGUCGGACAUAAGAAUAGCUACUCUGGCUUUCUUUUGGUGUCCAUUUACAUGAAACGUCUUUUUCCACUCUUUUACCUUAAGUUUGUGCAAGUCCUUAUGUGUGAGUCUCUUGAAGGCAACAGAUAGUUGGUUGAUGAAUUUUUAUCCAUUCUGCAGUUCUACAUCUUUUAAGUGGAGCACUUAGGCCAUUUAUAUUCAAUGUUAGUACUGAAAUGUGAAGUACAGUUUCAUUCAUCAUGCUAUUUGUUGCCUGGAAACCUUGCUUUUUUGUUUUUCAUUUUUGUUUUUUUAAAUUAUAUUUUUGUUUUUUAGGUCCUGUGAGAUUCAUGCUUUAAAGAAGUUGUUUUGAUGUGUUUCCAGGAUUUGUUUCAAGAUUUAAAGCUCCUUUUAGCAGUUCUUGUAGUGGUGGCUUAGUAGUGACAAAUUCUCUCAGCAUUUGUUUGUCUGAAAAAGACUGUAUCUUUCCUUCAUAUGCAAAGCUUAGUUUUGCUGGAUACAAAAUUCUUGGCUGACAAUUGUUUUGAGGAGGCUGAAGAUAAUGCCUGAAUUCCUUCUAGCUUAUAGGGUGUCUGCUGAGAAAUCUGCUGUUAAUCUGAUAGGUUUUCCUUUACAGGUUACCUGGGGCUUCUUUCUCACAGCUCUUAAGAUUCUUUCUUUUAUAUUAACUUUAGAUAACCUGAUAACAAUGUGCCUAGGUGAUGAUCUUUUUGUGAUUAAUUUCCCAGGUGUUCUUCAUGCUUCUUGUAUUUGGUUGUCUAGGUCUCUCACAAGACCAGGGAAGUUUUCCAUAAUGAUACCCCUAAAUAUGUUUUCCAUACUUUUAGAUUUCUCUUCUUCCUCAGGAACACUGAUUAUUCUUAGGUUUGGUCAUUUAACAUAAUCACAGACUUCUGGAAACUUUGUUCAUAUUUUCUUAUUCUUUUUUUCUUCAUCUUUGUUGUAUUGGGUUAAUUCAAAGACCUUGUGUUUGAGGUCUGAAGUUCUUUAUUCUACUUCCUCAGUUCUAUUGCUGAGACUUUCCAGAGCAUUUUGCAUUUCUAUAUGUGUCCACUGUUUCCUGAAGUUUUUAUUUUUUUUUAUUUAUAUCUAUUUCCUUAAAUAUCUCUCCCUUUAUUUCUUGUAUCAUUUUUGGAAUUUCCUUACAGUGGGCUUCGCCUUUCUCUGUUGCUUUUCUGAUUGGCUUAAUAACUAACCUCCUGAAUUCUUUUUCAGGUAAAUCAGGGAUUUCUUGGUUUGAGUCCAUUUCUAGUGAGCUAGUGUGAUUUUUUGGCAAGUGUUUAAGAGCCAUUUUUUUGUCAUGUUACCAGAGUUGGUUUUCUGGUUCCUUCUCAUUUGAGUAGGUCAGAGGGAAGGUCUAGGGCUGAAAGCUGUUACUCAGAUUCUUUUGUCCCAUGGGCAUUCCCUUGAUGUAGUACUCUCCCCCUUUUCCUUUGGCUUUCUGAGAGCCAAACUGUAGUGAUUAUUAUCUCUUUUCUGGAUCUAGCCAACAAGUGAGUCUACCAGGCUCCAGGCUGAUACUGCAGAGUCCAGGUUGUCUGCAGAGUCCUGUAAUGUGAACCAUCUGUGGGUCUCUCAGCCGUGGAUACCAGCACCUGUACCAGUGGAGGUGGUAGAAGGGUGAAUUAGACUCUGUGAGGAUUCUUAGUUUUUGUGGUUUAAUGCACUAUUUUUGUGCUGGUUGGUCUCCUACCAGGAGAUGGUGCUUUCCAGAGAGCAUCAGCUAUAGUAGUAUGGGGAGGAACAGAUGGUGGGGAGGUAGGGGCCUUAGAAAUCCCAAGAGUAUAUUCCCUUUGUCUUCAGCUACCAGGGUCAGUAGGGAAGGACCAUUGGGUGGGGGCAGGGCUAAGCAUCUGAGCUCAGACUCUCCUUUGGUGGGUCUUGCUGUUGCCACUGUGGGAAAUGGGGGUGAGAUUCCCAGGUCAAUGGGGUUAUGUUCCUAGAGGAUUAUGACUGUCUCUACUGUGUCAUGCAGAUUGUCAGGGAAGUGGGGUAAAGCCUGCAGUCACAGGUUUCACCUAGCUCCGAUGCAAUCCAAAAGGCCAGUUUCACUCCCACCAUGCCUUGCUCCCCAAUAGCAUCGAGUCUGUUUCCAGGCAGUGGGUGCAAAAGGCUGAGAAUUUGCCCCAGGUUACCUGCCUCCCAGCUGCGAGAGCAAAUAUGGCUUUCCUUCUUCCUCCACCUGUGGAGUCAGCACACUGGAUUGAUGCCCUCCCCCAGGUUCUGACAAAGAGGCUUCUGGAUCAGUUCAAAUUGUUACGAAGUUCAGCUGGAGAUUUCCUUCUUCCCGUGACCUUUUCCCAGUACCUUUGGCCAUCCUCCCAAAGCGCCUCUGUGAAGCCAGGCAAAAGCGGCUUGCUAGGAGACCCAACGAGCUCCCAGGACUUUUCCCACUGCUUCCUCUACGCCUGCAUGUCACUCAGCUUUCUAAAUUGAAUCAGCUCCAGGUAAGGACAAAAUCUUCUCCAAUAAUUGAGGCCUUCAGUUUCCCCAUUGGGGGUAUGUGUUUGGGGGCAGACAAUCUCUCUUUCCCACUUCCCCAGUUUGGGCACUUAGUAUUUGGGUUGUCCUCUGGGCCCUGCAGAAGCAAUCUGCUUUCUUCGGGGGGCCUGUGGGUCCUCUCCGGUUUCCUGAUUUAUUCCCGCAGUUGCUCUGGAGCAAGAAUUCACGAUGCAGCCCUCCGCACGUGGCUCUGUCUGUCCAAGUCCAAGCUGCAAUCUAGUCCUGCCUCCAGUCCGCCAUGACCCUUACAUGUCUUUUCAUGUUUCUUAUUGUGUGUUUUAAUUACUUCUGUUAUAGCUUUGACGACUUUAAAGCUUUUCUCUGGCAGUCGCUUUCUAAGUUCCAUUCUAGUAACUCACAUUCUUGGAUUAAUCCUCCUCUCUGUUGACUGUGCAUCACACAAAUAUUGUUACUUGCUUAUUCUGUGACUUUCUAUCAUGAGCUUAUCUUCAAUGAGGCUGGCUAUUUUGUGAGAAUUCUGUGUCACCUGGGGGUGUCUGCUUCCCCACAUGGUUUUGCAUUUAUUAUGCCAGGUUCGCCAGGGGCAUCUCUGUUCCAUGGCCCAAUUUUCUGUGUAUCUUUUAAAAUGGGAGUUCCUGAAACAUAAAUUCAAAUUCCAACCCAGACUCAGGCAAGUUUGAAUUUCUUAGGGAAUUGUAUGCUUUCUCCCACUGCUUGUUAAACAGAGACAAACUAGAUUCGCUAGAAUCUCCUGUGCAGGUGGGAAGACUUUUUUCGUUGGGUCUUAGUUCCAAUAUCCACCUCACCUGACAGUAGGCUCACAUCUACAUGAGCUUUAAACCUUAGCCUCCAUGUUUAUCAGCUGUAAGCUUAGAACACAACUCUGGCUUUAAGUUUUAUCUUUUUUUUCUAGCAUGUUUUGAUUCUCUUCCCAAAAUAUUUCAUGCAGCCUUUGUAGAUGUUUGCAAUGCUUUGGGGUAUAAUAGCAGAGUCCCAUGUAUGCUACGACAACCUGAAAAGAUACGUUUCCUCAUUAGUUCUUCUAACCGUUAUUGGGACACCAGAGUAUUUAUAUCCAGAUAAUGCCUAUUGGAUUGAUACAAGAAAAUUUCAUUUUAAACCCACAGACUUUGAUCCUGUAGAAAUAGUCCCUGGUGUGUCUACCUUCUUCUCUUCUCUCUAGUAUUUUAGAUUUAAUCAUUCUUUCUGGUAGCUAUUGAUGUGCUAGUCAUAUCUUCUCACUGCAUUCCUGAGUCUGAUAAACUGUGCUUUAAAAAAUAACUUUUGUCAGCUGUGCUAUCUUGAGCAAGAAUGCCUGAACUGCCUGAUUCAAAGAUUCAGAACUUCUUGGCAGACACAGUCUUAUAUUGGAGAUAAGAACAUCAGGCUACACAGUCUCCCUGCUGGUAGCCAUUACCAUACUCAACUCCUUUGCUGUGACUCUUCACUCACCACAGAACCUUCCUAGAGUCAUUUAACUCCCCCUGUAGAUCAGAGAAGCCCACGUGGAAAUGGCAACCAGCAGGCAGGAGUAUCAGCAAUGAGUAAAUUCAUAAAAUUAGUAAAUUAGAAUUUGGUAUUAUAAAAACCACAAAAUAGAUUUCAUUGAGCCUUUACAUUUUUAUUAUAGUGAAACUUACAUAACACUUAUCAUUUUGACUCUUUUGCAUGUACAAUUCAGUAGCAUUAAGUACACUCACAUUAUUGUGCAACUAUCACUAUUAUCCAUCUUCAGAACAUUUUCAUCAUUCCAAACUGAAACUCUGUGCUCAUGAUGCAAUAAAUCCUACUUUCUCUUUUUCUCAGCCCCUGGUAACCAGUAUCCUACUUUCUGUCUCUGUGAAUUUGUCUACUCUAAGUACCUAAGUGAAAUCGUACAGUAUGUAUCUGUAUAUGUGCACUAUUUCAUUUAACAUAAUAUCCUGAGCUUUAUCCAUAGUGUAGCAUGUAUCAGAAUUUCACUGAGACUUUACUUUUUAAUGAAUUAAAUUUUAUACAUUUUUUUUGGAAAAGCUAAGUUUUAUUGGCCACAAAACUGUAGAUGGUUUUAUCUGCAUAGAUGCUGAGAUCAUUCAAUGACAUCUCUCACUCAUCAGUUCUUUCAAUGCCACCGUCUCCCACAGCUACUGCUCAGGCUCUGUCAUAUUUGAACUCUCCUUAGCCUUUUAACAUAAGACGAUUUUGGAAGCACAUGAUCUUUCACAUGAAAAGGCCAUUUUUAUUCUGAAAUAUGUAAGCAGCUUGACUUUUUAGGUAAAAAUUUGAAGCCAAUGACCUUCACAAGAAAGGGAACUGACUUAUCGCACAAGAAAAUAAUGUCUUUGGAGGCCUCAUCUUAUCUUUAAUCCACCUCCCCCGACCGCCCACAACCACCUUGGAAACUGUGAAAUGUAGCCAGUCAAGUAGUGGUCAUCUACAUCCAGGUGUUUCUUGUUAGUGGUCUUUAUCUGAGAAAGAACCAGUGCUUCUACACUUUUUAACGACUUCCCAUUGCCUGGCCAAUAUGGUCCAAUCUUCUUAACCUGACUUUUAGAACCCUGCCUAAUAGACUCCCAAAAUACUUUUCCAGAUUCAGCCAACCAGGAUUCUUCAACACUCUAGUCAUAUGUCCUGUAUUUUCCUCAUUUUUUCUUGUUUAAUGCUUUUCCUUUUAGGGACAGCACCUCCCCCAGAAUCUCUAUCAAAAUGAUACCCUUAAGUAAAGAUCAUCUCAAAUAACCACCUUAGCCAAGAAACCCUUUCCAACCCUCUCGGCUCUAUAGUAUCAUUUUCUUUCUUUAACCUCUCAGAACACUUUUAUUUCUACCUCUCUUUUGGGGGCUAUCAGAUCAUCCUUUGAUUUAUAGUUAUCCACACAUUUGUCUUAGUGCCUUGAACUUAUUAGGUUGCAAAUUGCUUUAUGGAACUGGCAGUGGCUUGUUCUUUCAUAACACCUAGCCUUGUGACUUACAGAAAGUAGAUUUUUUAUAAAUAUAUUUGUUCUGUCCUUUGAUUGUUUACUUGGAGCGAGUUCAUAGUAUUGCAGUCUUAAACCUGUUGUGGGACUGGCUCUUUAAGAAGUGAGUCCUGGCUGGGCAUGGUGGUUCAUGCCUGUAAUCCCAGCACUUUGGGAGGCCAAGGCAGGUGCAUCACCUGAGGUCAGGAGUUCAAACCAGCCUGACCAACAUGGGGAAACCCUGUCUCUACUAAAUACAAAAUAUUAGCCAGGCGUGGUGGUACAUGCCUGCAGUCCCAGCUGCUUGAGAGGCUGAGGCAAGAGAAUUUCUUGAGCCCAGGAGGUAGAGGUUGCAGUGAACAGAGAUUGUGCCAUUGCACUCCAGCCUAGGCAACAAGAGUGAAAAUCCAGCUCAAAAAAAAGAGAGAGAGAGAAAGUGGUGAGUUCUCUGGGGUCCUAGUGGAUGGAAGAAGAUAGCACUGAAGAUAGGACGGUGAAGUGUAGGAAACAUCUGAAUAGAAGGCUCGUGGUAACUGCUGAUUAUUUACCCAGAGUACAUGGAACCUGAGUGACAUUUUAUUUCAAUUUAUCAUUGGUUUUUAUUGGUUGGAAUGCUGGUAGGAAACAUGCAAACUUGAACUCAAAAGAAAAAAAUAAAUUGAUUUGGAUAUGAAAAGCAUCUAGAUUUUUAAAGAUCCAUCUUCCUGUUUUAACAAGGGAUGGGCAAAAUCCGAUGACUCAGAUAAUGUCUGUAACCCUAGAAUAUCCACAGUGCUUCACAGUGUUAACAGUUAAGCUACUGUAGAUGGAAUGGCUUGUCCAAGAAAUAUUAUAAAUUUAGAAAAACAGACACAAUCCUAAAGCACUACUUUUUGGUGGAGUAAUUCUAGACCAGUCCUCUGCAAAAUAUGAUAUUGGUCUAAGUUGUUUGCCUAAUUAAUUUCUAACCUACUUUAUACUAAUAAAAAAUAAUAUUUAAAUCAUGCUUAAUGUUUCAAGGGGCAAAAGUGGCUUAAGGGCUUUUGUUCGCCAGUGAAAACUGCUAUGCUCAGUUUUUUAGAAAAACAAUUGUUAAAUUGAUUCUAGAUUAAAUGACUUCUGAGUGAGAGAAGUGAAAAAAAUCAGAAAUGGAGAAAAUCAUUGAGAUAUGAAUAAUGAAGCAGAUUGCAAAUGGUACAUUUUUCCAGUUAUUCAUUUUAGGAGACAGUGGUUUGCAGAGUCACUGGCUAUUGUUUUAGGAUCAUUAAAAGACGGAGAAAGUCCUGGAGGAUUAGGAAGAAAGAAACAUGUAUAACUCAUUUAUUUUUUAAAGGAACAAAGGGAGACCUUAACAAUUAAAGAUUAGUUUACUUAGCUCCAAUCCUGAGGUAAAGAUUGUUGAUCAAAUCCUCAAAAAAAAAAAUCUCUUUAUGGUAUAGACAUCUAGAGGCACACAGGGUCCUGGAGAGGAACAGUGUGGCUUUAUGAAACUCAGUAUGUGUCAGACAAUUUUAAUAUCCUUCCAUGACAGGAUGACGGAACUUGUAGCUUAGAGGCAAACAGUAAAGGCCAUUAAUCUGUCUUUUACUCGAGUUUUCAAUUCUAUCAUGCAUGUGAUGCCCAGCAGCCAGCCAGGAAAAUAAGUCGAGCACAAUGUUUCUCAAGCUGCAGGCCCUGGAGAGUUCAUGAGAAUCUCUAAAUAAAAGAAUACAUUCUUGAACAGAAGAUUAUAUUUUUAAAAGCAUUCUACCAUUAAAUAAAGAACUAGCUUCUGUUUUGCAAUUUAAAAAUGUAUAAUUGAAAGAUCUUCAUAUAGAAUGACUUCAGUUUCUUAAGUCAGUGAUUUUCACAAUGAUUUUGGUCCCCAGAUGUAUUUUAGAGGCUGUAUUCCUGGGUCCCAGCAGGAACCAGAUGGCAUAAUUAAACAGGGAACUGAGAGAACUUACUGAAGGGACUGUUUACAAAUGGAUGGGCAGGAUUUAGGGAGCAACAAGGGAUGAAGAUGCAGCUGGAAACAACUGUUACCAGCCAUGAUCCAACAGGGCCGAAGCGGGGCAAUUACCAGAACCCAGGGAGGGCAGCAGCGUGGCAAUGGCCACCCACGGGAGCUGUGGCCUCCUUUGGUAGAGGACAUAGAUGUCCUGCCGCAACCUGGCCUGAGGAAGGUGCACAAACCCAUGAAAAUACAUGCAGUUUUAGGGAUAUAUCUAUGAGUGUGCGUUUUCCUGCACAUCGGGUCCACAGAUUUUAUCAGGGGUCUCCAAAAUGAAUCCCAAAUGUUAAGAACUGUGUUUGUAAAAGAAAGAAAUAAAAUUCAAACUGUUAUAUUCCUGAAGUUGUUAGUUUACAUCUCUUAUGAAGCCUCUACAGGAUGCAAUGCACUAGAUAACGGUCUAUAGCUGAUAAAAAUAAGGCAAAAAUGUUAUUUUGUGUAUUUUGGACCACAGAUUGAGUUUUUCUAAGCAAUGAUUAAACUUGACUGUUUACUGUGCCGAUGUUUGGGAAUGAAACAUGGAAUAGAAAAGCAAAUUAUAUUGACUAAUAUAUACAUGUUGCUCUGAAGACUUGAUCAGGUGAUGUUUGCAUAAAAAUUACCCUGAGAAGUAGUCAGCCACUGUUUGUUAUUUAUUAAUUUUUGUAAUUUUGUUCAUUUUUGUUUCAGCUUUCAUUGGGGUGUUUUAAUUUUUUUGUAUAUAUAUCAUUUUCAUAUAUCAUAUACACAUGCACACGCAUAUUUAUGUGUAUAUGUAUGAAUAUAUAUACAUACCAAAUAUAUAUGUGCAUAUAUAUACAUACAUAGUAAAAUUGAAUUAGUUAUAUAUUAAUAUAUCAUGUAAAAUGUAUAAUUAUAUGUCAUUAUAAUUAUAUGUAAUUUUAAUAUACCACAUGUUAUGUCAAUUGUAAACUGUUAUGUACAUAUGUAAAAUCCUUUCAGUCUUACUAUGUGUGAGACACUACAAGUUGCUGGGAUAUAAAAUGAAUAAGAUACUGUCACUAGCAUCAAGGAGUGAGUCAAGUAAAAGAACUUGAUCUUUAUAUAACUAUUCCAGUAUGGGCAAGGCCUAAAAAGUUUUAGAAAUUCGGCUGGAAGAGCACCUGCUAGAGUCACAGACUGUCCAUUCUCCUAAAUUGGUAACCCUUAACUUAGGCUGCAUGUCAUUAGGGGACAUUUUAAAAAUAGAGCUUCCUGGCCAGGCACGGUGGCUCACGCCUGUAAUCCCAGCACUUUGGGAGGCUGAGGUAGGCGGAUCACAAGGUCAGGAGAUUGAAACCAUCCUGGCUAACAUGGCAAAACCUCAUCUCUAAUAAAAAAUACAAAAAAAUAAAAUAAAAUUAGCUGGGCGCAGCAGCACAUGCCUGUAGUCUCAGCUAUUGGGAGGCUGAGGCAGGAGAACACUUGAACCUGGGAGGCAGAGGUUGCAAUGAGCUGAAAUCAUGCCACUGCACUCUAGCCUGGGCAACAGAGCAAGACUCCAUUUCAAAAAAAAUAAUAAAAAUAAUAGAGCUUCCCAGUCUCACUCCCAGAGAUUCUUGUUGAGUUGGUCUGAGGUGGAGCUCUGAACAGUGAUUUCAAAAGGCUUCCCUGGAGAUCCAGUAUGCACCCGUGUUGAGAACCUCAGGGCGGUGUCCCGGAGUGAACACACUGACCCCAGCCGAGGUUCAUCCCUCAACUCCACACCCAGGCAGUCUAAGAUCCACACUCAUCUCUGCACACUGUGGCCUCUCAGAAUUAGGACUAGUUGUUUUUCUCCUUGUCAUUAGUUUGCAUUUUCAUUUUAGAGAUGCUAUAAAUUUGUUCUGUUUAUGAAGCAACUGCUAGCUGGCCCCAAGCCAAUUCAGGGUCCGUGUCCCGCUGAUGCACAGUCUAUGGGAUCACAGGAGCACUAGCUUCAGGCUUGUCCCAGUUGUUGCUCCUUCCCUUUGCUUUUCCUUUUCUUGCCCACUUAGUUCUCACUUAUAUUAUCUUGAUGUGUUACUAUUCAACCUUGUAAGCUGUCUCAGAUUCUAUUGGGGAAGAAAGAGGAAUAUAUAUUUAUAAAGAAUGAACAAAAGAAAAAAAUGCAAAAAAUGCACACAAACAUACAUAGAAGUGACUGGAAGAGGGUUUUGGCAGGCCAAUCUGCUUCUUGAAGGGUGUUUAAAGAGGCCAAGAGUGAAUGAGUAGAGAAGCAUGUUACAGGUGAGGUAAAAAAAUUUUCCCUUCAUUUUACCUAUGCAUACCUGGAGCAUGCAUAGGUAAGCAGUCAGAAGAUACCUGUAGAGGACAAAACGAUUACAUGCUAAAAGUAUAAAGGAAAUGUGAGCCUCCCGAAUGAAGACAGCCAGGAACAUGAGAAAGGAUAAAUUUCUCAAUACAGCAUCUGCAUGAGAACAAAUUCCUGUCUUCCUAGUGCAAAUCUAGUUCUCAAGAAAAGAAGAAAGAAGUGAUGACUCAAGGAGAAAUUGAACCUCCCCAGGGGUGAUGAAUCUGGGGCUUGGUUUUGACAGAGGGGAAAACUGUGUGCAUAUGAGAAAACAAGAGGUUCUAGACAGUGCCACAGAUGUAUGCUGAUGGUACAGAGGACUUUCCUUCCCACAGAAUGAGAUGCAGUGGGAGGAACAGCCAGGGAGAGCUGUGCUGACCAGGCCUGAGUAAGGAAAGCAUGAGUCUUGCAAACACUGUGAGAUAGUGAGAGUUUACAAGGGAAAUGCUGUGAAAGGGAUUCAUUCUUCACUUGACAAGUAUUUAUUGAGUACCUAGUAUGUAUCUGGUACUGUUUUAGGUGCUUGGGGCAACAGAUGCAAAUAAAAUACGUGCAGUCUUUGUUCUCCAGAACCUUUUAGUCUAGACAAUAGGCAUUAAUUAAAUAGUGACCCCAGUCAUGACAUAGUUGCAAGCUGUGUACUUUGAAGAAGCAGUAGAGGGGACUGUGGAGAGGGCCUAUGGGUGAGCAUGGAAGGAAUCUGGUUUGAGGAUCGGAAAGGCUUUCCACAGGGAGGGAACUCUGAGAUGAGAUUUAAACCAUGAGCAUGAGUUAAGUGAGGGAGCUUCAGGGAAAACAGAUGGCAAAAAGCUCUGAAAUGGGAAGGGGCAUUGGCACUGAGAGUCCCCACUAUCCCAUAUAACACCAUUGUGUAAAUCAGGAAAAGACCCCUCUCAGUGGAUGCGGCCCAGAGUGGACUGAGAUCCACCCUGUCCAGGUCACAGAGCUAACUGGAUAGGGUGGAUCUCAGUCCCACUUUCCCCGCAGCUAAGCAGUCCCAUUGGAUGAAUCUGUAGGCAGUCCUUCCCAUGCGAUUGUGCCUUUGUGAAUUUGUGCCCUGGGUAAGACUGAAGAACCAAGGCUGACGUGCCUGGAGGGCAGAAACAAGGGGAAUAAGUGGGCAAGGUGAGCUGGGCUACGAAGCUGGGCCAGUCGGGAAUGCCUAAGCUGUACAGAGGGCUUUGGUCUUCAGUCUAAGACUAAUGUGAAGGCUUUGAAACAGGAAAAUAACCCAAUCAAAUUUCAAGAAUGGAGGCAGGGUGAUCAGGGGCGAGGCUUCCUCAGUGAUCUGGAGGAGAGAUCAUGGUGGCCUGGACUAGGCUGGGUGCCAAAAAGAUGAAAGAAAGGAAACAGACUGGGGGAAUAUUUAGGAGGAUCGAUUAAUAAGACUUAGUGAUUGAUUGGCUGUGGGAAUUAAGGAGAAAGAAUCAUCACAGAGGUUUCCCAGGUUCCUGGCUUGUGCAACUGAUAUCGUUUACUGAGAUAGGAAAUACUAGUGAGAAAGACACAGACACAAAUACAUGCAAGUGUGCAUCUGUGUACACACACGUACUCAUUCCUAGCAGGAGUUGAGAAGAUUAACUGUAGUUAUUUCAUUCCUCUUCCACCCACAGCCUCUCCUUCUCCCUGUAAAAAAAAAAAAAGAUUGUCCAGGAGCAGGCAGUUAAAAGUUCAAACUGAAGGCUUAUAGAACCACUCUGAGGUGGUUUCCACUACUUUCUCUAAAAAACUAUGAAACAAAGUAAAAACUCCACCAGAAAAUGACUGCAAUGCUAUUGUAGCUUGCUUUUAGCUCUGAUCUUUGUAUUUGAUGGUCAAUUACUGGGAUACCCUAAAAACAGCACUUAAAGUGUCUUUGGUCCCAAAAAGAAGUUCACAACCCAAUGUACCUCUUGAGA